AUGGAAAGAGAUGUUCUACCAAUUGACAUAGAGCCUACUAUUUAUGAGGAAGCAAUAUCUAAUAUUGAUUCUAAUAAGUGGUUGGAGCCCAUGAAAUCCGAGAUGGAUGCCAUGCAUGUCACCCAAGUGUGGACUUUGGUUGAUGCACUUGAAAGGGUGAAACCCAUAGGAUGCAAAUGGGUCUUUAAGAGAAAGACUAACAUGGAUGGUAAUGUACAAAUGUACAAGGCUAGGUUGGUUGCUAAAGGUUACAACCAAGUUGAAGGAAUUGAUUAUGAGGAAACCUCCUCACUUGUAGCCAUGAUUAAAUCCAUUAGGAUUUUGCUUGCUAUUGCUGCAUAUUAUGAUUAUGAGAUAUGGUAG